AUAAUAGUAACACAACCCGAUAAUAACCCCGUGUACGUAUGUGUGUCGGUCCAGUUAACUUCCGGUUUAAUGUUUGUGUCUGGUGUCCGACCCUAGAGGGCAGUAGCGACUGUCUCCAUCAUCUAUCCCGGCUGACCCGCGCAACUCGCGUGUGAAGAGCAUUAUUUAAAGACAGUUAACAUCUGAGGCACAAUGAGCGUUGACGUGAAGAAACUGAAAGUAAACGAGUUAAAAGAGGAGCUUCAGCGCCGCGGCCUGGACACCAGAGGCCUGAAGGCGGACCUGGUGGAGAGGCUGAAAGCCGCUCUGGAGGCUGAAGCUCAGGCUGAUGCCCCAGAUCAGGGAGAGCAGGACGAUGAGUACCUCCAGGACACCCAAGACAACGAAGAUGAAGAAGAUGACGAAGAUGUAGAAGAUAUAGAUGAUGGAGAGGAUGAAGAACAGCAAGAUGCAGAAGCAGAAGAAGCAGCUGAGGAAGAUGAGGAUGAAGCUGUAGCUGAAGGUGAUGGGGAUGGUGAUUUUCCUCAAGAGGAAGAUGAGGGUAGAGAUUCAGGUGGGUACUAUGAGGACGAGGAGCCAGAGGGCGAGCCUUAUGAAAGUCAGCAGACCUCAGACUCGGGUCACAGCAUUCCCGACUUCACAGCAGAUGUUGACAUACAGAAAUCUGAGAUGAUGCCUGAGGAAGAGACCAAGCCUGUACCAGAGCCAGAGGCGACUGUUGAGGAGCAGAAAGAAGUCAAGGUGGAGGUCAAAAUUGAAGAUAACCCUGAGGCUAUUAGAGAGGGACAGCAGGAUAAUCGUGGGACUGAACGGGAGCAUGGACAAGAUGCUGCAGCUCAGGCUGAAGAAGUCAAGGUUGAAGGUGACAAAGGUGGACACCAAAGCCGCAAGAGACCGUAUGAGGAGAACAGGAGUUACAACUACUAUGAGCAUCGUGAGGAAAAGAGAUCCCGAACACCACAGCCCCCUGCUGAAGAUGAGGAAGAGAACAUAGAUGACACGCUUGUCACAAUCGAUACAUACAACUGUGAUCUGCACUUCAAAGUUUCCCGGGAUCGCUACAGUGGUUACCCACUGACAAUUGAAGGCUUUGCUUAUCUGUGGGCUGGAGCACGAGCUUCACAUGGUGUCACUCGCGGCCGCGUGUGUUACGAGAUGAAGAUCAAUGAGGAAAUUCCUGUAAAGCACCUGCCCAGCAGUGAGCCCGAUCCCCAUGUGGUCAGAAUUGGAUGGUCACUUAACUACUGCAGCACUCAGCUUGGCGAGGAGCCCUUUUCCUUUGGUUAUGGAGGAACUGGAAAGAAAUCUGAAAACUGCAAGUUUGCAGACUUCGGUGAGAAGUUUGGGGAAAACGACGUCAUCGGUUGUUACAUCGACUUUGACAGUGGUGACGAGGUGGAGAUGGGCUAUUCUAAAAAUGGAGUGUCGUUGGGCGUGGCUUUCCGGACAACCAAGGAGGCGCUGGCAGGUCGUGCCCUGUUCCCUCAUGUCCUGGUGAAGAAUUGUGCCGUUGAGUUUAACUUUGGACAGAAGUCGGCGCCAUACUUCCCCCCACCAGAGGGUUACACCUACAUCCACAAUCUUGAGAUGGAGGACAAAAUCAGAGGCACUAAGGGACCUGCCACCAAAGCUGAAUGUGAGAUCUUGAUGAUGGUUGGCCUGCCCGCCUGUGGAAAGACAACUUGGGCCAUGAAGCAUGCAGAGGCCAACCCUGAGAAGAAGUACAACAUCUUGGGCACCAAUGCCAUCAUGGACAAGAUGAAGGUGAUGGGUCUGCGUCGUCAGAAGAACUACGCCGGGCGCUGGGAUGUUCUGAUCCAGCAGGCCACCCAGUGUCUGAACAGGCUGAUCGAGAUCGCUGCCCGCAAGAGACGCAACUACAUCCUAGAUCAGACAAAUGUAUAUGGAUCAGCAAGGAGACGAAAAAUGCGUCCUUUUGAAGGUUUUCAACGCAAGGCUAUUGUAAUUUGUCCCACGGACGAGGAUUUAAAAGAACGAACAUUAAAGCAAACCAAUGAGCAGGGGAAGGAUGUGCCCGAUCAUGCUGUUUUAGAAAUGAAAGCCAACUUUACUCUUCCUGAGGCUUGCGACUUCCUGGAGGCAGUGACGUACGCUGAGCUGCAGUGCGAAGAGGCUGAAACUCUGCUGAAGCAGUACAAUGAGGAGGGCCGCAAGGCUGGCCCACCCCCUGAAAAACGCUUUGACAACAGGCAGGGUGGGUUCAGGGGCCGCGGCGGCGGUGGAAGCUUCCAGCGUUAUGACAACCGUGAUGGGCCCCGCAGUGGCUACCAGAACCGCAGUGGAGACGGAGGCAGUGGUUACAGAGGAGGCUACAAUCGUGGCAGCUAUAACCAGAACCGUUGGGGAAACAGCUACCGCGAUGGAGGCUCUGAUUCACGCAGUGGCGGAUAUAACCGCAGCCAGCAGUCAGGAGGAAGUUAUAAUCGCUCUGCCCCGUACAGCAAGGGGGGAUACAACCAGGGCUACAACCAGAGCUACAGUCAAGGAUACAACCAGGGCAGCUACAACCAGAAUUACUACAGCCAGUACCCAGGAUACAGCCAGAGCUACAGCCAGAGCUACAGCCAGACACCUGCCGCUGGACAGACGUACAACCACCACCAGCAACAGCCACAGCAGCAGCAGCAGGCGCCGGCGCCACAGCAACAACCACAGAGCUACAACCAGCAAUAUCAGCAGUAUGCUCAGCAGUGGCAGCAGUACUACCAGAACCAGAAUCAGUGGAACCAGUAUUACAGCCAGUAUGGCAGCUACCCUGGACAGGGCAGCCAAGGCUCAUCUUCUGGUUCCCAGUAGCUCCGCCCUGCACCUCUACCUGCAUCCACCUGUGUCCUAAACCCUCUGACCUCUGCAGCAAGUCGAUUUUGUACAGUCUCACAUCAAGUCCCCAAUCAUAACGGUCUCUGUCGGGUUUAACACAGUAGCCUUCAUUCCUCACCAAUCAGUGUACACUUAAAACUGUAUACAGUUUGAUGUCUUUUCAUUUUUUUUUUUUUUUUUUUUUUUUACUGAAUGAAGUCUUACCCUCCGCAGUGACUGUGAGGUGGUAGAUGAUAGGUAUCAAAGCAUUUAAUGAAUGUUAUCUAUUAUGCAUUGAAUGUGGACGUCUGUAGAACUGCGAACUCCACAUUUGCUACAGAUUGAAGAGGUUAUUGUAUAUUUUCUAGGAUGCAUAGUGAGGAAAAAGUUACAAGGCAGGAUAAAUACAGCAAGGCCUGAAUAAUUUUGCUUGUUUUGAGAAGCUUAACAAAGAACAAAAUGCAUGCUUUUUACCUUCAUGACCCUUUUUCUCCUGCUCUUUAAUUUUCAGUUACGAGUGAGCACAUUUUAUUUACUCCAAUAGAAUUCAUACAUCAUUUUUUUUAAUAGGUGUUGUUGAUACUGUAGUAUUUAAGCGUUAAUUGAGUCUUUGAUUGAGAAAAAUAUUUUGCCACUCCUAGUAGUUACGUGCAGUUUUUUUUAAAAAUCCCUUUGUGAUUGGUGUUUAUUGAGUCCAGUAGUUAAAUCUUGUUGUCAAACCCAUUUUUUUCUACCUGGAAUUGAAAAUCUGACUGACCAGUUACCCAAGCUGUCUUCUUGCCUUUAUACAAUAAAUGCAAUUGUAUACGCCG